ACUGAAACAUCGCUUAUGUACGACGCCGUGCACCUAUUCGCGAAAGCGCUGCACGAUUUGGACACGUCCCAACAGAUCGACAUCAAACCACUGUCCUGCGAGUCCACCGAUACUUGGCCCCACGGAUAUUCUCUCAUAAACUACAUGAAGAUCGUGGAGAUGACAGGUCUGACAGGGAUUAUCAAGUUCGAUCACCAAGGUUUCCGCUCGGACUUCAUUCUAGACAUCAUCGAGCUGAACAACAAAGAGGGAUUGAAGAAGAUUGGGACGUGGAACAGCACGAAGGGGAUAAAUUUCACGAGGAGUUACAGAGAGGAAUACACUCAAAUCGUGGAGAACCUUCAGAACAAGACUUUCAUCGUAACGACAAUCCUGAGCGCGCCAUACUGCAUGAGGAAGGACUCGAGCGAGAAGCUGACCGGAAACGCACAGUUCGAGGGCUACAGCGUCGACUUGAUUUACGAGAUAUCAAGGAUCCUCGGUUUCAAUUAUACGUUCAAUCUGGUGCCGGACGGGCGGUACGGCUCCUACAACAAGAGGACGAAAGAGUGGGACGGAAUGAUGAAAGAGCUGCUGGAUCAGAAGGCGGAUCUAGCGAUCGCGGAUCUGACCAUCACGUACGAUCGGGAACAGGUGGUCGACUUCACCAUGCCGUUCAUGAAUCUAGGGAUCAGCAUACUGUACCGUAAACCUAUAAAGCAGCCGCCAAAUCUGUUCUCGUUCCUCAGCCCGCUCAGCCUCGACGUUUGGAUUUAUAUGGCGACAGCUUAUCUAGGCGUCUCGGUGCUGCUUUUCAUACUCGCCAGGCAAUUUAGAUUCACCCCGUACGAGUGGUACAAUCCUCAUCCGUGCAACAAAAACCCGGACCAUCUGGAGAAUCGCUUCAAGCUGCUCAACUGCAUGUGGUUCACCAUCGGAUCCUUAAUGCGGCAGGGCUGUGACAUUCUGCCCAAGUUCAGCCCCUACGAGUGGGAGAAUCCCCAUCCGUGCAACGGACAGUCCGAGGUCCUCGAGAACGAGUUCACCCUGAUGAACUCGCUCUGGUUCACCAUAGGCUCGCUCAUGCAGCAAGGCUCUGAUAUAGCGCCGAAGGCCGUGUCAACGCGCAUAGUGGCGGGCAUGUGGUGGUUCUUCACUUUGAUCAUGAUUUCUUCGUACACUGCCAACUUGGCCGCGUUCCUCACCGUCGAGAGGAUGGAUUCGCCGAUCGAGAGCGCCGAGGAUCUCGCAAAGCAGACGAAAAUUAAAUACGGGGCUCUCAAAGGAGGCAGCACCGCCGCCUUUUUCAGGGAUUCCAAUUUCUCGACGUACCAACGCAUGUGGUCCUUUAUGGAUUCGGCAAAGCCGACGGUAUUUACAACGAGCAACGUCGACGGUGUUGAACGAGUGAUCAAGGGGAAAGGCAGCUACGCAUUUCUAAUGGAAUCCACCUCCAUCGAAUACGUAAUCGAGAGAAACUGUGAUCUUACUCAAGUCGGCGGCCUCCUGGACUCCAAGGGAUACGGCAUCGCCAUGCCGCCAAACUCGCCGUACAGAACGGCCAUAAGCGGGGCGAUCCUGAAGCUGCAGGAAGAAGGGAAGCUGCACUUGCUGAAGACGCGCUGGUGGAAGGAGAAACGUGGCGGAGGAUCAUGCAGGGACGACAUGUCGAAGAGCAGCUCGACGGCGAACGAGCUGGGCCUGGCGAACGUCGGCGGCGUGUUCGUGGUGCUGAUGGGCGGCAUGGGCAUCGCUUGUGUGAUCGCGGUGUGCGAGUUCGUGUGGAAAAGCCGGAAGGUCGCCAUCGAGGAACGGAAGUCCGUGUGCUCGGAGAUGGCGAGCGAGCUGCGUUACGCGCUGGACUGCGGCAACGGCGGGGCGAAAAAACCCGCGAGGAGGACGCUGUCGUGCGGUCGCGAGACGGAACGAUCGAACCUGUCGAUCGUGUCGGAAGAGGAGGGCAGGUACCCAACGUACAACAAGUACAGACACUUUGUGGGGAAGGCGCCUUUGACCUGA